AUGCGAUUGAUUGAAUAUGAUUUCUCUACCUUUCCUUUGAAUUUCUAUCAUAUUCAAAUGUUUUCACACUUUUGGCUGAUACUGUACAACAACAUUUUACGUUACAGCGUCAGUCGGAUAAAGUUGAAAGAAGAUGUGGGCAGAAGUCACAUACACGAGGUGGCAAUGAAAGAUGUAAAUGUGAUUGAUGAGUAUUGCAGACAUUGCGACUGCUGUUCAAAGUGUGCGAGUGUGAUAGAGUGCUGCAAUGCUUUAAUGUGUGACUUGAAGACACGAGACACACUGAAUAGUAAAAUGAUGUUAUGAACAUUAGCACAAAUGCAGACUUUUAUGGAUUACAACUGACAUCAUGCAGUCGAGUCUUGACCAACAAUAAGUUGUGUGGGAUGUAAUCAUGGCUGCAAUACGAACAGAAGUUAGUGACACUGAAACUCAUUAUGAUCAUGAAAUGGCUCAGCUAUCAGGUAUGAUUGUCUAACAAGUAUUGAUAUAAUAAUAGUUGGGUGUGUUGGGUAAUA